AUGAACUUUUUUGGCACCAAGGGUUUUGGAGCCCAGCAACAGGAUCAAGCUGCGUCGUCGCAAGGCGCGCAGAACCAGGCGGGUCUGCAGUUCCAACCGCAGCAACUACAGCAGCAGCAACUACAACAAUUGCAACUACAGCAGCAGCAGCAGCAGCAGGACCCCGAAAAGGCAAGGCUCGCCUCCAAUGGGCUUUUCCCAAACUUCACCUCCCAGACGGCAACUCCCACCACCGCCGUGUGCGACAACUCCUACGCCAUGGGGACCACGGGUUUGGCCUCCAACCAACCCGAAAACGCUUUGACUCAGAUGAAGUCCAUGAGUUGCCACUCUGACCUGCAUCUGCAGGCGUCUAAAAAUCAAGAUCAACAAUAUUCGCAUUUGGCACCCCCAUCGGCAGUCAAUCCCAACUUUAGUUCCCAGCUAUCGCAGCAGGCUAGCCAGCUGGUACCUUCGACAGAAUCGUCGAACGGAAGCACUGAAGAAGAACGCGAUGCCCUUGCCAAAUUGGAAUCAGAAACUCCAGAAACUGGAAUCCCAAGAGGCAGAUUAGAAGUCACCAUAGCGGAGGCUCGUGGGCUACUAACUCGGUCCAACCAAUCGCUACCGUACGUGGUUUGCACUUUCGAAAGCUCGGAGUUCAUCUCCGAUGGGCCUGAGUCUAUGGAUAACAAACCUAUUGCCCAGAAUGGCCACAGCGGUUGGGGUAACGAGCUUCCAGUGAAUGCUGAGAAGAACAAAAAAUCACUCUAUACCCGUCAAUCUUCCUCUCAACUGGAUAAACUUAAUUCGCAAAAUAUGGCACCUAAUAAUAAUUGUGCCGAUCCUAUUUGGCAUCAUGAAACCACUUUCGACGUCUUGGGAGCUCAUUCCGAGCUUGAUAUAUCUGUUUAUGAUGCAGCGCAUGACGAUAUGUUUUUGGGACAGGUUCGUCUGCGUCCUAAUUUGAACACAUCUUCUCACUCUACAAACGAGCAAUGCUAUAAGUUACAGAGCAGAAUAAUAGGUGAAAGUGUCGCUGGUUAUAUUCUAGUCAAAUGGAACUAUAAAACAACCAAAAAACGCCACUAUGGUCCUCAGGAUUUCGAGGUCUUGAGGCUCUUGGGCAAGGGAACUUUUGGUCAAGUUUAUCAAGUGCGCAAGAAGGAUACUAAGAGAAUCUACGCCAUGAAAGUUCUCUCCAAGAAAGUAAUCGUGAAGAAAAAUGAAAUUGCACAUACAAUUGGCGAAAGAAACAUUCUGGUUCGUACUGCAUCGAAACUCUGUCCCUUUAUUGUCGGACUCAAAUUUUCCUUCCAAACUUUAGCUGAUCUCUACUUGGUCACGGACUUUAUGAGCGGAGGUGAACUUUUUUGGCAUCUUCAGAAAGAAGGUAGAUUUACUGAAGAUCGCGCGAAGUUUUACAUCGCCGAACUGGUACUUGCGUUAGAGUAUUUGCACGAAAAUGACAUUGUAUAUCGUGACUUGAAGCCUGAAAACAUCCUGCUUGACGCGAACGGGAACAUUGCCCUGUGUGAUUUCGGUUUGUCGAAGGCUGACCUAAAAGAUCGUACCAACACUUUCUGCGGGACCACCGAAUACUUGGCGCCAGAACUUUUAUUAGAUGAGAGUGGAUACACUAAGAUGGUCGAUUUUUGGUCACUAGGCGUUCUGAUCUUUGAAAUGUGCUGCGGAUGGUCUCCAUUCUUCGCUGAAGACAACCAAAAGAUGUAUCAAAAGAUUGCCUUCGGCAAAGUCAAAUUUCCGCGCGAUGUAUUGUCGCCCGAGGGCCGCUCUUUCGUCAAGGGACUUUUAAAUCGGAACCCAAGGCACCGUUUGGGAGCAAUCGAUGACGGGAGAGAGCUAAGGGCCCAUCCGUUUUUCGCAGAUAUCGACUGGGAAGCACUGCGGCUAAAGAAGAUUCCUCCUCCAUUCAAGCCGCACCUCCAAGGUGAAACUGAUACCUCGAAUUUCGAUCCCGAGUUCACGCAAACGUCCACCUCUUACAUGAACAAGCAGAUCAUUGCCGCGACACCGUUGUCACCGGCAAUGCAGGCCAAAUUCGCUGGAUUCACUUUUGUGGAUGAGUCCGCGAUGGACGAUCAUUAUAAUACCAACUACAACAACCGCAAGUUCUUACAGAAUUCUUAUUUCAUGGCACCUGGUUCUUUUAUUCCGGGGAAUCCGAACCUGCCCGCGGACGAAGACGUAAUCGACGAUGGAAACGAUCGAGACGUAGACCUGGACCCGGGCAAGGCGACCAGUGUACACGAGCAAGUAGACUACGAGGGUGACCACCACAUGGACGAUGAAUUUGUUAGCGGUCGGUUCGAAAUUUGA